AUCUCUUUACCCGUUUCCCGUCGUCGAUAAGGCAAAAACCCUAGAAGCUUCAGCUUCUGCUUCGUCCUCCCAAUAAACAAAAUUCUCCAUCACUUUGUCCGUCGUCCAAGAAUCCAAAUCUUCUCUGCCCGCUCUGAAAUUCUCAUCUUCUCCCGUUUGGAUGUUCAUUUGUCUGUGUUAGAUCACCAAUUUCUGUGUUUUCAGGCUACAGACAACGGGGUGGAAGCGGAAGGGACUAUGAGUUCUUCGUCAAUUUGUGGGCUCUGAUGGGUUGCUCUCCCCGAAGCAUUUAAUUGGACCGCGCAGCUGUUGGUUUCAGUGGGUGCUUUUUUCACUAAUGGUGGCUCUUGCGUUCUGAAAUUAGGGUUCCCCGACCUGCGAGGCUCUGUUUGGCGACGAAGCGAUUCUCACUCUAGAUUGAGGUCAGUCCCUCGAAGAGUUUUUGAAGAACUGGAAAAUGUCGUCAUAUCCAGUUCUUGAUAAUCGGCCUAUUGACCAGUGGAAGGUCACGGAAUUGAAAGAGGAGCUUAAGAGGCGGAAAUUGACUACCAGGGGUUUGAAGGAUGACUUGAUUAGACGCCUUGAUGAAGCCCUCCGCGUUGAGAGGGAGAAAGCUGAGAAAGAGAAAGCCGAGGAGGAGAAAGCCUUGAAGGAGAAAGCCGAGAGAGAGAAAGCCGAGUGGGAGAAAGCCGAGGAGAAUGCUGAGAGGGAGAAUGCCGAGAGGGAGAAAGCUGAGAAGGAGAAUGCUGAGAGGGAGACUGCCGAGAGGGACAAGCAAGUGGAUAAUGGGAUUGAGAGUGAUCCACCAAACAGCUCCUCAGUGGACAAUUCAGAGACAGUUCCUUCUGGAAGUGCUAACAAUGCUGCUCACAGUGAUAAGAAUGAUGAAAAGGUAGAUGAUGAUAGAGUUGCAAUUGAUGUAAAUGAAGGCUUGGCAUCCUCAGAUCAAGCUGUACAAGCUGGUGUAACUGCUGCUACUGGUGUUGCUGAGAAAGUGGAUGAGUUAACUGCUCCGGCAACUACUGAGGAACCCAGCAUGGAGGUCACUGCUGUAGAGACAAUUAUUGAAGUAAAGGAAAGCACAGUUAACCUCGCUGAGCAAGGUCAGCAGAAUCCUGAAAAACAGGAGAACAAGAAUCCUGAAAAACAGGAUGGAUCAGAAAAUCAGCUGGAGGAUGGAAAUUUGAAGCACCAGCUGGAGAGUGGGGAUAUGAAGAUGCCUCCACAAGAAGACGCCGUCCUUGACUCACCUGCUCCGAACAACCAGGUAUCUGAGGUCAGCUACAAUUUAGGGUUUCAAGUAAAAUCUGAUUCUGUUAAUAAUGAUUCUGUGUCAAUUAAUGAAAAGAAUGAAUUUAAGGAUAAUAUAACUGCUGAUAAUAUCAAAUUAGAGCUAGAUGUUGUUAAGCCGGAGAUGGUGGAACCAUCAUCUAGCGAUGUUGUACCAGCUGGUGGCGAAUCACAUCCAAUGGAUGUCAAAGAGCUGCAUGAGAGCAAGGUAGCUGAUCAGGAGAAAGAGGACAAAAAUAAUAGUAUGAGUCCGGACAUGAGCAAGAACAAUGAAAUUGCGGAUUUGGGUUACUCAGAAAAGUUAAAUUUAGACCGAAGUUCUGGUGACGAUUCAAUGGAAGAGGAUGUGCCAGAGAAUAAGCACAUCGACUCAAAGCAUAACGAGGAUGAAGUUGGAGAUAAAAAUGAGAAAACUGAAGUUACAGCUGUGAAGGAGGAAAGUCCCGUUGAUGUUGUGGGAGAUGAUGAGAAGGUUAUCAAAGUUGAGAAAAGCCAGCAAUCCACUCUUGCUGAGAAAAGAAAGCUUAAUGAUGGAGGCUAUGGCAGUAGUGAGCCUGUAAAGAGGCAACGGAGAUGGCAGUCGGAGGGCAUUAAAGUUCCUGAACCUCAAGGCUCGAAUCUUACACCUACUACUACGCCCAAGGACACACUUCAGACCCCUACUUCAAAGCGCAACUUCAUGAGAUCAGACUCUACAGUGAGCGAUGAUGCACCAAAGGAACGUGGUGUCCCGCCCCCACAAAAGCCUGCAACUAAUUCCCUCAGAAUAGACCGAUUCCUGCGACCCUUUACCCUUAAAGCUGUCCAAGAGCUCCUCGGGAAAACUGGGACUGUUAAAAGUUUCUGGAUGGACCAAAUUAAGACGCACUGCUAUGUUACUUACUCAUCGGUGGAAGAAGCUGUUGAGACGAGGAAUGCCGUGUACAACCUUCAGUGGCCUCCAAAUGGGGGUCGCCUCCUCGUGGCCGAGUUUGUUGAGCCCGAAGAGGUGAAGGCUCGGCUGGAGGCUCCUCCACAAGCUCCAGCUCCAACUCCAACUCCUGCUGCCCAAACCUUGCAGCCUCCUGCUCCACGACAGCAGGCAGCUCCUCCUAAGCAGCAGCUACCGCCGCCGCCACCUCUUCCUCCUCCGCCUGCACCAGAAAGGGAACGGGGGGUCCACCUCCCGCCACCACCCCCUCUCUCGGAGAAGGUGGACCCAACCAUUGUCACGCUGGACGUACUCUUCAGGAAGACCAAGGCCACUCCAAGGAUCUAUUACCUGCCGCUGUCGGAAGAACGAGUUGCCGUGAAACUCUCCGCCCGGGGAAAAGCCCCAAGGCAGUAGCGGCAAGGCUUCAAAUAAGGGGGGGGCCUAUUGUGGGGGUCCUGUUAGGAGUUUUUAGUUCAGAAGAGGUUGAUUGCAGAAGGAUCUUUGUAUUCUGAGCAGGGUCCCGAGCCUUAGUAGGGGUGUGUAGUUUAGGGGCUGAGAAAUUCCGAGUUGCCAAGGACUUUUUUAACUGUCGAUCGAAUGUAUUUGCUUUCCUUUUGAUGUUUGAGCAGACAAAUUUCCAUAAAAUAUUUGGAUUUGGAACGUUUGGAACCUGUGGACUGUGAGAUCUUGGCUGCAGUUUCCAUGGGUUUCUCAUUUUAUCGUUGAAGAACCUUAAAAUGGUCGAGUGGUACUUUCUUUCCCGCG